AUGAGGUUCAACUCUAGCUCCGUAUUACAACUUUUCAUUGUAUGGAGUUGUUUAGUAUGUGGUAAGGUAACAUGUCACGGAGUAACAUUUUAUGUGCAAAAUAAAUGCUCAUUUCCUAUUUGGCCGGCUGUUGCCGCCAACUCUGGCCACCCGGUGCUAGCCUCAGGUGGAUUUUACCUGUCUUGCGGGGAUACCAGACGCAUUGAUGUUCCUUGGGGUUGGAAUGGUCGUAUAUGGGCUAGAACAGGCUGUGAUUUCACUUCAAAUUGGAAGCAAGCUUGUGAAACAGGUGAUUGUGAUGGACGUUUGGAGUGUAACGGGUUGAUCGGAAAGCCUCCGGCAACACUUAUACAAAUUGCGGUACAAGCUGACAAAUCGAAACCUAAUUUCUAUGAUGUAAGCCUAGUCGAUGGUUAUAACCUCCCUGUCGCAGUGAACUCCAAGCCCAUAUCAUCCAAAUGCACCAUCUUAGGUUGUCAUAAAGACCUCGAAACCACAUGUCCCGACGAAUUACAGGUUUUGAACGAAGAUGGACGAGUCGUGGCAUGCAAGAGUGCAUGCUUAGCGUUUGAUAACGACAGGUUUUGUUGUCGGAAUGCGUACGGAACGCCGGAAAAGUGCAAAAGGAAUACUUACUCUAUGUUGUUUAAAGAAACUUGUCCCACUUAUUACAGUUAUGCGUACGACACACCUCCUCCUUUAGUCACUUGCUCCGCCAAAGAAUACUUGAUCACGUUUUGUCCGUCAAAUCGGGGUCAUAGUUCCACGUAA